UUAGCGCACCAAAAAUUCAGGGUUUGGGGCUUGGAUUCAGUGGAGAAGGGGAUCCUUCUCUUCUCUCCUCUUUCUCUAAUGGCGUCGGUGAGGCCCUUCUUGGGUCCUGGACGGCUGUUCUUGCUUCUUGCCAUCCAUAUGCUGGCCGCCUUCCAAUUUCUCUACGUCGUCUGCCAUGAAGAUGCUGCCUCUUUGUUGAGAAGAGCGUCUGAAACAUUGAAGGCGAAACAGUAUGGUGAGGCGCUAGGACUUCUGAAUGCUGCAAUUGAAUCGGAUCCUAAGCUUUCGGAGGCUUAUUUGCAGCGUGCUUCUGUUCUUCGCCAUCUGUGUAGAUUUGAAGAAUCUGAGGUGAACUACAAGAAGUUUUUGGAUCUAAAGCCUGGAACUUCUUCUGCAGAAAAGGAUCUGUCUCAGUUAUUACAAGCACAAAGUGCAUUAGAUUCGGCAUAUAGUCUUUUUGAGUCAAAUGAAUACUCUAAAGCUUUGGAUUACAUUGACAAAGUUGUUCUUGUAUUUUCUCCUGGUUGUUUGGAGGCAAAGUUCCUUAAAGUGAAAUUGUUGUUGGGAGUGAAAGAUUACUCAAGUGCUAUUACAGAGACUGGGUACAUACUCAAAGAAGAUGAGAAUAACUUGGACGCCCUAUUGCUUCGUGGUCGUGCAUACUAUUAUCUCUCCGACCAUGAUGUAGCUUCCAGGCACUAUCAUAAAGGACUGCGGCUGGAUCCUGAACAUGCUGAACUGAAAAAAGCAUAUUUUGGAUUGAAAAAUUUGUUGAAGAAGACUAAGAGUGCAGAAGACAAUGCUGCAAAGGGUAAACUGCGUAUGGCUGUGGAGGACUUCCGGGCAGCUCUUGCUUUGGACCCAAUUCAUACUGCACAUAAUGUGCAUCUUCACCUUGGUUUAUGUAAGGUCUUGGUUGAUCUUGGCCGAGGAAAGGAUGCUGUCGACAGCUGCACAGAAGCACUUGAGAUUGAUGGAGAGCUUGUUGAGGCUCUUUUUCAGCGAGGCAAAGCUAAACUUAUAACGGAAGACUGGGAGGGGGCUGUGGAGGAUCUGAAGUCAGCAGCUCAAAAGUCUCCCCAGGACAUGAACAUCCGAGAAGCACUUAGGAAGGCUGAGAAGUCAUUGAAGUUGAGCAAACGCAAGGAUUGGUACAAAAUCCUGGGGAUUCCCAAGACCGCUUCCGUUGCGGAAAUUAAACGUGCCUACAAGAAACUUGCAUUGCAGUGGCAUCCAGAUAAAAAUGUGGACAACAGUGAGGAAGCAGAGGCCCAGUUUCGCGAAAUUGCUGCUGCAUAUGAGGUACUCGGCGAUGAAGAUAAGCGUGUAAGAUACGACAGAGGUGAGGACAUUGACGACAUGGAUACGGGAAUGGGAGGUGGCGGCGGUGGCUUCAAUCCCUUCGGCGCCGGAGGACAACAAUUCACCUUUCACUUUGAAGGUGGAUUUCCCGGCGGAGGAUUCGGCGGCUUCAAUUUUUGAUCACGUCCAUGUUGAGGCCUAUUUUUUUUUCCCUUUUGCCGAGGGUUGCUUACUGACCCAAAGAGGCACAAGAAAAGAAAUACAAUUAUGAGGUUAGAACCCUUUCAAGAACUGACUACUGACACAACAAAUGGACUCAAAAGCCAGAUGAACUUUGUAGCAUGUUAUUAUUUUGUAUCUUAGUCUUUUUUGCUGGAUCUUAAAUUGUAAAACAAAACUAUUGAGUCCAUUGUUGGUAAAUGGUAUACAUCUUCAAUUC